AUGUUCUCAGACCUAUCAUUGACCGAUCAACCGGUUAGAAGUAGUCCUCUGCCACAACUUAACAACUUCACCUCUUUUCCAAAGCUUCCCACGGAGCUGCAGGUCCUCAUCUGCAAACAUGCUGUGACAAAACGCAAGCCCAUCGACCCCAUCACGCAAGUGUCCAAUCUGUUCCACAACGAAGGUAGUAAGCUAUACUAUCGUGAGAACACCUUCCUGCUCCCUCUACCCAGUCGACUCAGUCGUGAGCAGAAUCUCCACCUGGAUCAAUGGCUUUGCAUGCCCUCCACCACCGAACUGUGCAAGAAGAUGGGCAAGAUCGUUGUACAGGUGUCACUGCCCCCGGAUCGAUCAAGUCUCGCCAAUCUCCUCCUACUGGCCACGCACUCCAGCGAUAUGCCUAGCGAGCGAGCCAGGAAGACGACCAAGCUCCAACCCUUCUUCACCGUACCCGCCGAGCUUGAACCUAUCAUGUCCGUCACCCCUGUGGCGACUGAACUGGAAGCGCGUAUCUCCAAGGCAUUUUGGUAUAUCUAUGACAGCAGCUUGCGAGACCUGGCUCGUGGUACGCACAAGAUCGACUGGAUCGACGAGGAAGAGAUGGAGAUGAAUCGUGGUAUACCUCUGCUCGAGAGAUCAGUUGCCCUUGGUCGGAUAUGCGAAGAAUUGUGGCUGGCUAUCAUGAACGUGUGGCAUCCAGACUCGCAACAAUAG